UAUAAGAGUAAGGAAUGAGGGCAACACUCACACACAGUCUUAAAGUUUCCAGAUAACACAUAAUACAAUCUACCUUGCCUACCUACCUGACCUAGACUGAAGUGGUGCCAAUAUCUGAAUAAGGCUGGACUGCUAAAAAACAGAGCAAACACAGGUGUUUUCACUUGCCAGUUGUUGCCUCGUUACACCUGGUUCACUUCCAGUAACUCCCUCUGUGCUUAAUCAGAUUUUUUGUUGUUUCUGUGGCAACCUAUUGUGGAAUUUCCGCAUUUUGUGGGGCAGAUACUAUAGAUGACCAAAAUUCCUGUUUCUGUUCAGUUGACUUUUGGUGUAAGAAAUAGUACCACAAAACCUGAGCACUGGUGAAGUGAAAACAGGCAAAGAGAGAGAGUUGGACAGCUGAGCAAAGUAAACGGUAGCAAUUCAGAUUCCUUCUUCUUCAUCCUGCAUCAUGGCUGCCAGGCAGGCAGUUAUGCUCCUGCUGGUGGUGGUCCUCUUCCGGCCAGGCCUCAUUCACAGCUUCCAACCACUCUUCUCAUUUGAUGGGAACUCCACCACUCACCGUGUCAUCACAGAAAGGGCGGUCCUCCGAAAAACAGCAGAGGUCUGCCGAGACAUUGCUGCUUCUGAGGGAAGGGACUUCAGCCUGACUAUUGAUGACAGUCUGUCAAUAGACAAGGUGCAAAGGGCCUGUUCGUCUGUAGGUACCUCCACUUCUCUCCUCUCAACUGUCAUUUUCCAAACCUCCAUUGCAAAAAUGUACUUUAGCAACGCACAAGUGGACUUGAUUUUUGCACUGAGUGAGGAGCACCAUUUUGAUGAUGAGACCUUCCAGGGAGGACGGGAUGUCAUCACAGCAGGCGUGUCUGCUGUCAAGGCCAGUGUUAAGAAGGAGAACUUUGUCGGAGGGAGGUGGAUUCUUGGAGCAAUCUGUCAUACCCUACAGGACUUCUACAGCCACAGUAACUGGGUGGAGCUGGGGAACAAUGCUCCUCACAGUGCUCUGAUCAGACCAGACCAACCUCUUGAGAACCUAGCAGGCCUAAGUAUUCCAACCUGUAGAAACUGUACAGGAGGGAAUUGUGAGAACAACAUUUUGCCUGACGUGCUACAGCAGGGGCUUCUCACUUCAGGCUACUUUAACAUCUUCUCUUCAGCAAAACCAGCAGGUAAAUGCAGCCACGGUGGACUAUUUGACAAGACAAGCAAACAGGACCCAGUGGGGGGUAUCAGUAAGGAUGACAUUGGGUCCAGUCAUGGUUCACUUCACCACAAAGCAGCUGAUUUGGCUGUGAAUGCCACUAUAGAGCUACUUGAGGACAUCAGAUUAGCUGUAGGAGACAAGAACUUCUUGCGAUUGAUGGGCCUCUCCCAGUCCUCUGUUCUGUGUUUUGUCAUUGACACAACAGGCAGUAUGAGUGAUGACAUAGCUGAGGCUAAGAGAGUUUCCUUUAACAUCAUUGACAGUAAGAGGGGAACGCAGCAGGAACCCUCUGCCUACAUAUUGGUACCUUUCAAUGACCCAGGUUUUGGACCUCUGAUUAUGACGACCGAUGCAGACAUCUUCAAAGACAACAUCAACAAGCUCUCUGCAAAUGGAGGAGGAGACAUCCCAGAAUUGUGUUUGUCUGGACUGCAGCUUGCCCUGACUGCUGCUCCACCCUCCUCUGAGAUCUUUGUCUUCACCGACGCUCCAGCUAAAGAUGCUCAUCUGAAAAGCACCAUCACUGCCCUGAUAGAGAGCACCAAGUCGGUGGUAACUUUCAUGUUGACAGAUGUCCUAGCCAGUCGGCGGCGCCAUAGAAGUACCGGGGGUGUGAGUCCACGCUCAAUGAGCCAAUCAGAUGCCCAGCUGUACCGUGACCUAGCCCGAGCCUCUGGAGGUCAGGCUAUUGAGGUCACCAAGUCUGACCUCUCUCUGGUUACAAGUGUAAUUGAAGAUUCAUCAGCCAGUGCUGUGGUGACAAUACUCCAAGUAGUGAAGAAUCCUGGAAGGCCUGAUAAUUUCACAUUUACUGUUGAUGGUUCUCUAAGGAACAUUACCGCCUACAUCACAGGAACCUCGUCUCUCACCUUCAAUCUCUCCAGCUCCUCAGGUGUAUCUCAGAGUUCCAGUCAGUCCAGUGGUCCUCUAGCAUCUUUCACCACAGCAGGAAACCUACGUCGUUUAAGCCUCAACACUGACAAUCAAACAGGAACAUGGGAAAUCCGUGUUGUCUCUAAUAACCCCUACUCUGUUAAAGUCACAGGUCAAAGUUCGGUGAACUUCAUUUUUAACCUAGUGGAAGCUCAUGAAGGGGCUCACGGGGACUUCAGUCUAAAGGAGGGACGCCCUCUGUCAGGUGGUAAUGCCAGCCUCUUGGUCUCUGUGACAGGAAGUGACACGGUAAAGGUCACAGAGGUCACUCUGUUUGACAGCUCAGGGCCAACAGAGGUCAAUGGAACACUUCAGGGGUUCGGAAGUGGUAACUUCCUGGUGACAUUCAGUGGAGUCCCGGCAGGUGACUUUGUGGUUCGCCUGAGAGGAGAGGACAGCAGCUCCACUUCCAGGGCAACACCGAGCAGCUUCCAGAGACAGGCCUCCACACAGAUCAAGACCUCAAGCAUCUCCGUCACUACCCAAACAAACAACACUAACAUAGAACCAGGCUCCACCGUCUCCAUCCCUUUCACAGUCGCCACAACCACCAACGGAGUUGUUAAUGACUCUGCAACUGGGACAUUCACAGUGCGAGCCAACAAUGACCGGAGCUAUUCUUCAACUUCACCCAGCACCAUCACCAUAGCAGCAGACAGUGGAGGCAAAGCCAAUGGCACUGUGACCUUAACAGUACCGGCCAGUGCUUCAUCAGGAACACAAGUGACCCUCACCAUUGAGGCAGAAAAUACAGCUGCCACUGACAUCAACUAUGCUGUCCUCAGGUUUUCUGUGGCUGCCAAGGUGACAGAUGUUAGCCGCCCAGUGUGUCAGGUAGUCAGUUCUUCAACCAACUGUCCAUCCUCUUCAUCACUCUGUGCUUCCUCCCAGUGGGAAUUCAUUGCUAAUCUCACGGAUGGCAUCAAUGGGACUGGCAUUGAGAGCAUCACCAUCCGCCAAGGGAACGGUACCCUCAAUACCAGCACAGUUGUUGGAACAGGUGGUGAGAACAUUACAGUGGCCACCUACAUCGCCUCCUGCUGUUCACAGAAUGUAGAGCUGGCAGCUGUGGAUGGAGUAGGAAAUGUAGGGACUUGUGUGGGACGAGCUCGAGAAUCUACCACAGCUGGCCCUGUGACUACAGCUACAGCCACAGUUAACACAACAAGCUCAGGGGGGCACACUUUGAGCAUAUCACACUGUCUCUGGAUUAGUGCUGCAGUUUAUUUUCUUUGGAAGUAAAAGAGAUAAAUGGAAGUUACACAGGGAAUUGUAGCACCUGAAUCAAGUUUUCUACAUAUUUGAUUGAUUUAAUCAGUUGUGUUUAAAAUGAAUUACUGUCUGUUUAAAUAAUAUUAAUUUCUUGUAUUAAUAAUCACAUUUUUCAUUUUCUGAUUUGAUUUUAUUAUAUAAAAAUUAAGAGUUACUUUGAAUGAUUUAUUUACAUUCCUGGUGGUGGGUAGAUUUGCACAGCCAUCAUGGUGUGGAGAGAGUGGUGAACGCUGAAUUCAUUGGAAAAAGCUCUACAACCUUUCACUUACAAAAAAUAAUGAAUAGUUUUAGGAUUUCAGUAGAUAGUUACAUUUCUUACAUGUAGAUAGAUAGAUAGCAAAGUAAGGAGAAAUGUGAAGUGACUGUAAAUUGUAAGUCAUGACCUAGCUGUUAUUAUGCAGUGUGAUGGCGUGUGGCAGGAAAGAUUACCUGUAUCUGUCCCUUCGACUGGGAGAAGGAAAUUU